AUGGGAAAGACAAUUCAGGUAUCCGGCUUCCCUUAUCUUGUUGCUGCCGAAACAGUUAAGACAUUCUUGGAGCAAUAUACGGGCCAAGGAACUGUAGAUGCCUUAGAUGUAAAGCAAUCUAAAGGAGGGCGAGGGCGAAGGGCAUAUGCCAAAGUUCAAUUUGAGAAUAGCACGCACGCUGAUAGAAUUUUAAAUUUGGCAAAAACAAACCGCCUACAUUAUGGUACUUCUUAUUUGAAGGCUUGGGAGGAUAUUGACAUCAUGAAAAAUCUUAGAACAUACAUGCAUGAAAUGGAACGUGUAACUUUAAAUUUUGGAUGUCAAAUAUCGAGAGAGAAGUUUUCCGUGCUAUGGAAAAACACAAGUGUUUCCGUUAAAUUUGGAAUUGGUCUCAAGAAAAUGUUCUUCCUUUUCUGCUAUAAUUCUGUUGAAUACAAGCUUCAGCUCUCGUAUGAGAACAUAUGGCAGAUUGUCCUAUAUUGUCCACCAGGUCAAACUACAAAGCUUCUCCUCAUACAGUUAUUUGGUGCUCCCAAGAUAUACAAGAAGCUUAAUGAAUCUGUUUAUAGCUAUUUUAAGGACACUCCUGAUGAUCAAUGGAUCAGGACAACAGAUUUUACUCCAUCAUGUAUUGGACAAUCUUCUGGCUUGUGUUUGCAGCUCUUGUAUGGCAUCAGACUUCCAAAUUUCGCAGAUAAUUUUACUUACUACAGGGAAAGUGUAAGCCAAUUCAGUUUGGAGACUGGCUCUCCCUUUUGUCACAAUUCAUCCCUAGUUCCCAUUCUUAAUCCUCCUGAAGGAAUUGAACUGCCAUGUAAUAUAUUGUUUAAGAUUUGUAAUUUGGUGCAAAAUGGAUGUCUUCCGGGGCCCAACCUAGGUGCCAAUUUUUUUAGGUUGGUUGAUCAACAGAGAAUAGACAUUGGGUAUAUAGAGUAUGCUCUAGAGAAACUUUACAAUUUAAAGGAAUGCUGCUAUGAUCCUGUGAGCUGGCUCAUGGAGCAAUAUGAGAAAUACCGCAAGAUGGGAAGUCCACCAAAAUCACCAGUUAUUACUUUAGAUGAUGGACUGGUAUAUGUACGUAGGGUUCAAGUAACUCCAAGCAAAGUGUAUUUCUCAGGUCCAGAAGUGAAUGUGUCAAACCGCGUGUUACGCCAUUAUCGAAAAGAUAUCGAUAAUUUUCUUCGUGUUUCUUUUGUAGACGAAGAGUGGGAUAAAAUGUAUUCUACUGAUCUAUCCCUCAAGGUUGCUUCUGGGAAUGAGAAUAUAAGGACAGAUAUUUAUAAUAGGAUAUUGUCAACACUAAGAAAUGGAAUUGUUAUAGGUGAUAAGAAAUUUGAUUUUCUUGCAUUUUCCUCAAGCCAGUUGCGGGAUAAUUCUGUUUGGAUGUUUGCUGCAACGGCUAAUGAUAAUGUUGAUGAUAUCCGUAGGUGGAUGGGUGACUUUCGUUCCAUUAAAAAUGUGGCAAAAUAUGCUGCCAGACUUGGUCAAUCUUUUGGAUCCUCCACAGAAACUUUGAGUGUUGAUGAGGAUGAGAUUGAAAUUAUUCCUGACAUAGAGGCAAUAAGAGGGGGAAUCUUUUCUGAUGGAAUUGGGAAGAUAUCUACUGAGUUUGCUCGGAGGGUUGCCAUAAAAUGUGGACUUAAAAAUUCUUUUCCUUCAGCCUUUCAGAUCAGGUAUGGUGGCUACAAAGGGGUUGUGGCUGUUGAUCCCUCUUCACGAAGGAAGUUAUCAUUGAGACCGAGCAUGUUAAAGUAUCAGUCAGACAACACAAAAUUAGAUGUUUUGGCAUGGAGUAAAUAUCAACCUUGUUUCCUGAAUCGCCAAAUUAUCUCUCUUUUAUCUACUCUAGGAGUUGAGGAUCAUGUCUUUGAGAAGAAGCAAAGAGAAGCAGUAGCUCAGCUGGAUACUAUUUUAGUUGAUCCAUUGAGGGCAGAGGAGGCAUUGGAUUUGAUGUCUCCUGGAGAAAAUACGAACAUUCUGAAGGAAAUGCUGAGAUGUGGUUAUCUGCCUGACAGUGAACCAUUUCUCUCGAUGAUGCUACAAACUUUUCGCGCAUCAAAGUUACUAGAUUUGAGGGUGAAAUCAAGAAUAUUUGUUCCACAAGCUAGACAAAUGAUGGGAUGCCUAGAUGAAACUGGAAGUUUAGAAUAUGGCCAGGUGUUUGUUCAGUUUUCUGGUGCUGGUCGUCGACGAUUCAAUGAGGAUUUCCUUCGAUUCCAUGGGAAUAAGUCAGAUGACUAUAAUCACAUUGUUCAGGGAAUGGUUGCUGUUGCCAAAAACCCAUGCUUGCACCCUGGUGAUGUUCGCAGAUUAGUGGCUGUUGAUGUGCCAGCAUUGUACCACAUGGUGGACUGUGUGGUUUUCCCUCAGAAAGGAAGAAGACCUCACCCUAAUGAAUGCUCCGGGAGUGAUUUGGAUGGAGACAUUUACUUUGUUUGUUGGGACCCUGACUUGAUUCCACCAAAGCAAAGCUCGCCUAUGGAUUAUACCCCAGCUCCAAGCACACAACAGGAUCAUGAUGUGAUAAUUGAGGAAGUUGAGGAGUACUUCACCAAUUAUAUUGUGAACGACAGUUUAGGAAUCAUUGCCAAUGCACAUACUGUAUUUGCUGAUAAAGAACCGUGCAAAGCAUUCAGUGAGCCUUGUAUAGAGUUGGCAAAUCUGUUCUCCAUUGCUGUCGACUUUCCAAAAACCGGUGUUCCUGCAGUAAUACCUCCUCAAUUACGUGUGAAAGAAUAUCCAGAUUUCAUGGAAAAGCCUGACAAGACGACAUAUGAAUCAAAAUGUGUGAUCGGAAAGCUUUUUAGAGAUGUCAAAAACAUCGCCCCCCACACUGCUCCAAUUCAAUCUUUUACCUUCGAAGUGGCAAUGCAGUCAUAUGAUCCCGACAUGGAAGUAGAUGGGUUUGAAGAUUACAUUGACGAAGCUUUUCACUACAAAACUGAGUACGAUUACAAAUUGGGUAAUCUGAUGGAUUAUUAUGGCAUAAAAACCGAGGCUGAAAUACUGAGUGGUGGUAUUAUGAAGACCUCAAAGAUUUUUGAUCGAAGACGAGAUGCAGACGCCAUUGGUGCAGCUGUGAGGUCAUUGAGGAGCGAAGCUAGAAAAAUGUUCAAGAAAGGAAGCGAAUCGGAUGAUAUGGAUGCAAAAGCAUCGGCUUGGUAUCAUGUCACUUAUCAUCAUGAAUUUUGGGGUUGCUACAAUGAAGGACUGAAUCGGGAUCAUUAUAUCAGUUUCCCGUGGUGUGUAUACGAUAAGCUAGUCCAGAUCAAGAAGGACAAGUCCAGCCUUAGAAGGUCUCUCCAAAUGUCUUCACUUGAAAGGAAAUUCAAGCUUCGUAUGAGUUUCACCUAA